AUGGCUGGAAAAAAGCUGAAAAAUACUCUAUUUUUUUCGGAAAAAGGAACACAAAAACAUGGGAAAAUACAAGACAGAAAUUUUUGCAGCAUCAAUUGUUGCGAUUUUGCGAAACUUAUUCUUAGUUUUGAAAUUGCGAAUAUCUAUGAAAUAGAACACAAAUUGUUUGUGAUAAAACAACACGAACGUUUCAUGCAUAUAAAAAAACCUAGUCAUGCUAACCCAACCAUUUUCUCCUUUAAAAACACGCGAACUAGCCACACAAACUUUCAUGAUAAACUAAAAAUAAUUUAUAUAAAGUUAGAGCUUGCUUCGACUUUGGUUAGAGGAAUUUUAAGUUCUGGAACAAAUCUCACUUUUAUAUCCAGGCAAUCAGAAUGCAUUACUCAUGUCGAACGCUUUUCUUGUUUUGAUAACAAUAUUAAAUGUUGCACAGAUGUGCGGCAACACGGUGUCGCUGUACUUUGUAUCAUCUUCGUGCAAUAUUCCAUCGAAUGGUUGAGACAUCGCAAGUACCUUGAGUACAAUUUAGUGCGCGAAUUUGGGAAGAACCAACUUGAUACAAAUCCGUUAGAUACUAAAGCUUAUGAGCAAUGUUUUUAUCGCGAUUAUGUAACGAAAACGGUAUAUAACUCAUACUGUGAAUUUUUUUGUAGGAAAGGAAGACAGAAAUGCUUGACCAAGAAAAUCAACAUUGCAUUCCUGAAGACGCAUAAAACAGCAAGUAGUACGGUCACAAGUAUCUUAAACAGAUUUGCUGACAUCAAUAAUUUGGAUAUAGCAAUUCCAAAAAGAGAUUUAAGAUUUAAUUGGCCAUCGUCAUUUACACUUGCUGCAGUAGACCAAUCACGAAUGAAAAAGAAACGUGCCAAUGUAUUAUGCAAUCAUUCUGUAUUGAAUCGAAAGGAAUUAGUCAAAGCUAUGAAAUCUGGAUUUCGUUUGAUCACUAUUCUUCGAGAUCCUGUAGAACAAAUAUAUUCGUUGUUUCAUUACGAGAACUUUGCAAAAAUCUACCAGAUUCAUCUUGCUGAGGAUCCCGUUGAACAUUUUUUUAUGAAUACCUCGAGUUACUACCGGCAAUCUAACUCGAAAAGAGAAUUAGAAAUCGAAAAUUUGCUCAAAAACGGGAUGACAUUCGAUUUAAAUUUUCAACAAUUUAAAAAACAAGAAGUUAACAAUAGUUUCCAAGAUUUUGUAACAUACAUUGAUCAAGCAUUUCAUCUGGUUUUGAUCACUGAAAAAUUUGACGAAAGUUUGCUGUUACUAAAACAGCUAAUGUGUUGGAAUUAUAUGGAUAUUGUUUAUAUAAAGAAGUUAGUAAAUCACAAGCUGCAUAAACAACAAAAGAAAAGAAAAGAAGAAUUGGUGAAGAAAAUUAGAAACUGGAGUAACCUUGACGUGAUUUUAUACGAGCAUUUCAGAAAGAAACAGGAAAAUAUUCUAGCAUUGCAAAACCAAGACCAGCUUCACGAUAAACUUCUCAGAUUUCGUACCUUAAAUAAUUUAGUUUCAAGAUACUGCAGAAAUGCCACGCCGGCAAAUUUUUACAAAGUUAUUGAAAUGUUGCGAGAACUUAGAGAAGUACCACCCGAAAUGUUUUUAAAUAAACCGAAUUGUUUUUGUAACAAAUUAGAACGAUCGGAACUUGAUUAUUGGGUUUAUUUUAAGAAAAAAAUUAACGACGGUUGUUAG